UUCUAAAAUCUCCGCUUCUUUUUUUUCUUUUAAUUUUAUUUUUUUGUCAUAAAAAUUUUUAUAAAAAUGCUUGUUGUGUGAAGUAUCCAUGAAACUAGUUAUUUUUAUAAAAUUUAUUUUUAUAUUCUUUUCGAAGAAAAACACUCCUCCCCCACCAGCCAAAAUAAUCAAAUUGCAAACUUUUUUUUUAUUUUUAUUUUUGCGCUUUGCUUUAGCGCGCUUCUUCUUCUUUGCUUUUUUUUCUUCCAAAAUCGCUUCUCAGUCAGCUCACAAUUUUUAUAUAUUUUAUUUUUUAAUUUUUAUUAUUUUGUUUUACACACCAACUUGUUCGCUUAGCGCGAAUAAUAUUUUUUUCUGGAUUUUAUUUUUAAUAAAUAUUUAAUUUAAUUAUAGGAGGCUAUUUGAGUUUGGGAAUUUUUAAGACUGUCAUUUUUAUUCAAAUAAUUCAAAAAAAAUUUUUGGGUUUUAUUUUUAGUUACAUGUUUAGAUUUAAAUAUGGGGUUGUUUAAGAAUAUUGUUGGGAGAAUCUUUACUUACCCUCCUUCCAACCAAGAUUUCUGU